AUGGUCGUUGACUCCGCACAUUGUAUUGGCAUUCUCAGCGUAAACCGUAGCACUGUGUUCGCAUCGCUACAAAGCUCAUACCGGUUCUUAGGGAACUCCAUUUUCUCCUUACGUGUCUCACCUAUUAGGACGAAGAGCAGUCAUGUUUAUCAGGGCAGCCGUCAUCACCCAAGCCUCAUGUACGAAGUCUUCCUUGGCACCCGUGUGCUUAUCGGCUUAGGGAUCGCCUUUUCCAUCAAUGCUACUCCCUUACUCAUCAGCGAACUUAGUUAUCCAACGCAUCGCGGAAAAAUGACCUCUCUGUACAAUUCGUUGUGGUACUCUGGCAGCGUCAUUUCGGCUUGGAUCUGCCUAGGAAGUUAUGAUGAUUCGGGGACAUCAGCGUGGUCAUGGAGGGUCCCUUCAUUCGUUCAAACAGCCAUUCCUAUCAUUCAGGUGUCGCUAAUAUGGUUUAUCCCAGAGUGUCCUUGUUUUCUAAUGGCCAAAGACUUGGUCAGCAUCCACGAGGAUACCUUCCAUCAAGUGGAUCGUACAACGUUCAUCGUUUAUUUUCAGGAAUUGCAAGUUGCCCGUGUCUUCGUCCAGUGCCAUGCAAAUGGGGGAGACGAACGCACCCCUCUAGUGGCUUCUGAGUUGGCUCAAAUCCGAUAUGCUUUGAACCUCGAACGAGAGUACGCCUCCGGCAAAUCCUACCUGAGGUGCUUCUCGACUCCCGGCAACAGACAGCGCAUCUUUACCAUCAUAUGGAUCGCAGUAUUCUCGCAGUGGAGGUUUGAUCAAUUUCGUUCUGGUUUGAUGAUUGUCGUUGAUCUUCGUCUGGUGUCGUAUUACUUCAACAUAGUCUUGGAUAGGGUCGGGAUCACCCAGACUAGAACGAAAGCAGCCAUUAACGGCGGUCUGCAGAUUUUCAAUUUAGCUAGUGCGCUGGUAGGCGUGAUGGUGGUGGACAAACUAGGGAGAAGGAAGACUUUCUUGAUUUCAAACAUUGGCAUGCUGACGGCUUUCUCUAUGUGGACGGUCACGACUGCUCUUUUCAGCCAGUCCGGAAAUGUGGCAGCUGCGAGAGCUACCGUGCCGCUCAUUUUCAUAUACUCUUUCUUCUACGACUUGGCGGAUACUUCGAUGCUUGUAAUGUAUACGCUCGAGAUCCUGCCUUAUAACAUCCGUGCCAAGGGGUUUGUAAUCAUGAACAUCGUUCUCUAUUCGACCAAUGCUUUCAACUCGCUCGUUAAUCCAGUGGUACUGGAAACCAUAGGAUUGAAAUACUACCUCUUUUACUGCGGAUGGCUUAUAUUGGAACUCCUAUUCGCGAUGGUGUAUAUCAUCGACACGAGAGAAACCGCCGCUUUGUUCGACGGCGUCAAAGUCCGUCGGGGUAUCAUGGAGCGGACAGGUGAAACUGCCAUGAAUCUGGCUACAUACCCCAGACUUCAGGACAAUCCUGAAGCAGGACAGACCUGGAGGAGUUCUGCUUCGCCAUCGCAUUUCGAAGCUCAAACUGGAGAAUCUGUUGUUGCGUUUGCCAGAUAAAUUUGUGAUGACAGUUUCAUGAUUAUUGUAUGUAGUAAGCGCGCUCAAAUGCUGCAGAGUUGUGUAUUUUUUGAAUCCGCUGAUUGGGGCGAUCAGACAGAAAGCACUGCAGGGUAGGCUCGUGACCGGGCGUGUUGUUCUGAUUGGGUUUCUAGGUCGUUUUGUCGAUGUUGUG